AUGGGCACGCGCAAACGUAAACGUGCCCGCCCGAGACGGAAGAGAGAUUAUUUCUCCGAUACCCCAGCUGAGAUCAUCGAUCAUGUUAUGAGUUUCGUUCCCAGAUCGGGCCUCAUAAAUCUUUGCCUGGUGAACAAAUCCCUUCGCUCCUAUGCUGAGCCCUUUCUUUACUCCACCGUUGUGUUCGAGUAUGCUGAAAAUUGGCAACCCCCAAUCAUCAAUCUUUUGCAAACACUUCUCCGGAGACCUGAGCUGCUAGCUUAUAUCCGUACCCUCGCAUUGGGUGGAAAUGACAGGGCCGAAACCAAACUGUAUUCUCUAAAGCCUAUAGGAUAUAGAGUCCAGAGUUAUAUGCCGAUCAUAGAAAGGCUCAGACUACCAGUCACUAAUCUCUGGGUGCGAAGACUCCGGGAGGCCCAUGUGGACGCUUUUGCUGCUCUGUUGAUCGCGCAAGCUCCCAACAUAAGACGACUCACCAUUGCUGACAAUUGGCUCCGGUCGCCUGAUCUUCUUACACAGCUUCUCCGGCACGGAGCCUUGGGCCAGCCUCCCAUGUGGAAGCGACUUGAACAGCUAGUCUUCUUCGCCCCCUUUGUUGUCCAGACACCCGACGUUGCGAUGACUACAUUUUACCUAUCAACGGUCACAGACUUGGCGGUUUCACUCGGCGACAUGCAGGUUCUUCCUUGGCCAACAGCUGAGCCUGAUCUUGACCACCUGAUUUCACUGGACGUGACUUUGCGGGACGUCAUGAGCAAUUGUGCAACCAUGGUGGCUGGAUUGCUUGCCCGAACACGGUGCCUCAAGUCACUUUAUUUGGAAUGGGAAUACUACCCCGACGCGACAGGCAUGGACUUUGAGGAGAUCGUCCCGGCGUUGCCACCUGUUAAAGCUACUUUGGAGAGCCUUCGGCUUAGAAUGGAGUUUUCUCGCCACUGGCGGCUCCGUGACGACCCAAAUAUGACUCCCAACGGGUCUCUGGGUUCUCUGCUCGAUUUCGACAGGAUAACAAGGUUCGAAGUGCCGUUGGUGGCUCUGGCGGGUUGCGGAGUCGACGCAAAAUCUUUGAUUCCUUCUAUCCCUCGCAAUGUGGAAGAACUUUCACUAUCAACUGAUUUAAUUUACGAAAAUGUCAAAUGGCUCCCGGACUUGAGUAACCACGGGCCGCAUGAGAGCAUCGUUAGCGUAAUUGAAGAAUCGUUCAGGCACUACCGUACGAGCCUCCCACGGCUGCGCUGUAUCAAGAUAAUUGAUACCGUUAACGGCUUCAAAGGUGGAAGAAUAGAAAGGUUACUGGAAGAGACUUCUCCUGUUGAUGGUAUUGAUAUCGAGAUUGUUCGUGACAUGUUGUCUCCUUGGAGGGAGAAUCUUGAUGACUUGUGGGAUGCAUUUUGGAAAUAG